UUGACUUUGCCCUCCCUUUGUUUCCAUUGGAAUCCAAAUUGUCUUCAGCCUGAAUUUGUCUUACAUGUUGCCUAUUGGAUCCAUGGACAGCUAAAAUUGUCUUCAUUCUUAGAUAGGGUAUAAAAGGGUCUUCCAGUGAUCACUUCAGUGUCACUGACGAAAACUGUUGGCAUGGAUUCCAGUUAAAACGUCUGACCGUUUCCAAAACCAUAUCCAGUUGCUUGAGUAAUUACGUUUUGAAGUAUAAUCAGUAACUUCGUCAGUUCGUCUAACCAGACGAUAACCAGACCAUAUAAUCAAACCAACCGGGCAUUUUCAGUCUGCUGUCGCUAACGUUGCACGCGGUAACAGGAGUCGGCACUUAGAGUCUACAGAAAUGCUGUUUGACAUUCGUAAAGCGUUGUUUGGAGCAGUGCUGGUGAUGCUUCUAAUGUAUGCUGGUUACCUGACUUUGACGGAUAGUGUUUUCUAUAGGAUAAAUGUUUGCGGUCGCUCACGGUACACGCGUUAAACAUGAGUCGGCACUUUGUGUCUACAAAAAUGCUGUUCGACAAAGUGUUGUUUGGACUAGUGUUGGUGAUGCUUCUAGUGUGUUCUGGUUACAUGACUUUGACAGAUAAUGUUUUCUACAAGAGAAAUGCGUCUAAUUUCGAGAUGGACAUAGAGACAAAGAACCCAGUUGCCCGUACCCAACGUCACACCAGAGAGCGGGAGGGAGAAGUGGCCUGUGUGGUAGAACCUGCGCUGACGUCCUGCGGAGGAAUUGGGUUCGCCUCGGUACUCCUGCAGACGAUAGAUGACCUCACUACUUGUCUGGCGAGAGGCUUCACGCCUACCGUCAUCUGGAUGGCAUGUGACUCAUGCGGACCGUCAGGACCAGGGAGAAACUACUGGACAUGGUACUUUGAAGCAAUCAACCCAGGUAUUGAAAACCGAACAGAUACGCGUGUCUGUAUGGGGAUCUCCAGGGAAUAUUUCGACUUGACUUCGGCGUACCGGACCCGGCCAGGAGCAGAGGGGAAACUUGUAGAUUUCAGGUUUGCCGACAUGGAAAACCAGAUAUCAUCCUACUUCCAGCCAAUCACAGCAGAGAUCCGCGCUCUCGUCAGUCACGUCAUUUCCGGUUACAUCAAGCCCGCCCCCCGCGUUCAGAAGAUGGUGGAUACAUUCUAUCAAUCCUUCAUGGCGGGACGAAUCAAUAUAGGAGUCCAUGUCAGAUUAUUGGAAGAGCACGUUGAAGAGAUGACUAUCAUGGGACAAAAAACGCCGAAACUACAAGAUUUUCUUCGAACGACAAAACACAUCAUGGACGACAUCAAGGCUGAGAAAGCUGACAAGGAAAUCAGAAUCUUCCUCGCGUAUGAUCGAGAUGACAUCAUUGCAUCGUUUGAAGAAGAGUUUGGGAAGGACAAUGUUGUACACACCUCCGCCUUUCGGGGAAUAGAGAUGGAUAAAAGACUAGAAGAUAAAGUUUGGGGGCGUCAUCUAGGUGACCAAGUAUUUAUGGACAUUUUACUAAUGUCUAGAUGUGACUAUCUUGUCCAUGAUGAGUCUAAUGUAGUAGCUGUAGCGUACUGCUUCAAUCCGGAAAUUCAAAGUUACUUUGUCAGUGGGGAUGCUUCAGACCACAAGCGGCUCAACGGACAAUCACGUGACAGCCCCGUGGAGCUCUUCCGCCAGGCUGUUGCCAAGGAGACCAGGAUCAGCUGGGACCAAUUGGAGAAGCAGAAAAUGAUUAGUUUAAGUAUUACUGAUCCGAGUAUGUCAGGCGAUGAUAGACAAGAAAUUGUGGAGAGAAUGAGGUGUUUCGUCAGGAAUGUGAAAUGGAGCAGAUGUGGUCGGGAGUUUGCAGCGUCCAAGAGAGAGAAUCUGAGAGCUUUGAUGGGUGUUUAAAGCCUGUAUUUGAGAAUUUGCUGCACAGUUUUUUGCUGAUGGCUAUUGCCAUUGUCCUGGCUGUUAAGUAUGCAAAUUUCAACCGAAUGGUAUACCAACCAAACUAUAUAAGUAUAACUGGGCUGUAAUUGGUUUUAUCUCUAGUGACUUUAUGUAUAAUUGAUAUUAAAAGAAACACCUUAAGAUUUUUCAACACAAUCAAUUUCAUUCUUAAAUAGCUUUUAGUCGCAAUAUUGUCGACUGUUGAUUACGGGCGCAUUUUCUUACAAAAAUGUGUUGAGUCCUGUUCUACUACUAAUUGAGCGCACUUGCACUAAGGGUACUUGUAUUUUAGGUAUAGUCCCUAUCGCAUAUCGCUCCAUUCUGUAUAACCCAACAGUACAACAGACAACUAUGAAAUAAAGUCU